AUGAAAGACUCUGAGAACAAAAAUAACGAUAAUACACUAUUUGAUAUUGAUUUUCUAGAUCAUAAUUACUCUUCGGAUAUUGAUUUCAGGAACAGCCAAGGAAACCCUACAUCAGCUCCAAUAAUCGACUCUGGUAUUGACGUAUUGGAUACUGUUCGAGGGAACUUAAUACCACAAGAUAGAGAUUCUUAUUAUCGUAAUGGCGAUAGAAUCGAAAACGAUGUCAUAGAAAAUCCAUUUGAUGAUGAUAGUACCACACAGCGUUAUGCUACAUCCAAUAAUAUGCUAACGGUGCCAGAACCGUCCAGAUGGCAGAAGAUUAUUGGCGGAUUAAAAGGUGGCAUUGGGAUGAAUGCUCAUGAUGCUAGCCGUUACCAAAGCUUUGAGAUGAGUAACUAUGACGGUACAGCUGAUGGAAAUGUAUACGAAAGUUCAAGAAAUAAGUUUGAUAUUAGCAGGAUGUUCAAGAAAUACGUAUUAAGAAAGCCUGUUGAUAGUGCAGCGGAACGAAAUGGACCGCGUAUAAUUUACAUUAAUGAUAAAGCAGCUAAUUCUGGCAUGGGAUAUGGUGAUAACCAUAUUUCGACUACCAAAUACAAUGUGGCCACGUUUGUCCCAAAGUUUUUGUUUCAAGAGUUUUCCAAAUAUGCUAAUUUGUUUUUCCUCUUUACUUCUAUUAUUCAACAGGUUCCAAAUGUUACCCCUACAAACAGGUUUACUACCAUUGGUACUUUAAUUAUUGUCCUAAUCGUUUCCGCAAUAAAAGAAGGUGUAGAAGAUGUAAAGCGCUCUAACUCAGAUAAAGAUCUUAAUCAUUCAAGAGUAGAAGUUUAUUCAGAAGUUGCAGGCCAAUUUAUUUCUAAGAAAUGGAUUGACAUUUCGGUUGGUGAUAUAGUAUGUGUUCGCUCCGAGGAGGCCAUUCCGGCUGAUAUAGUAAUGUUAUCUUCUUCGGAACCCGAAGGUCUUUGCUAUAUUGAAACAGCCAAUUUAGAUGGAGAGACCAAUUUAAAAAUUAAACAAGCUAGGCCUGAGACGUCUAAGAUUCUUGACGUGAGUGAUAUAAGUUCCUUAAGAGGCACCAUACGAUCAGAACAACCAAACUCAAGUUUAUAUACGUACGAAGGAACGAUGACUCUUAAUGGUACAACUAUCCCACUUUCUCCCAAUCAGAUGAUUCUGAGAGGUGCUACGUUGAGAAACACUGCUUGGAUAUUUGGUAUCGUUGUUUUUACUGGGCAUGAAACAAAGUUAAUGCGUAACGCCACUGCAACACCUAUCAAGAGGACUGCUGUUGAGAGAGUUAUAAAUAUGCAAAUUGUUGCAUUGUUUGGUGUACUGAUUGUUUUGGCUUUGGUUUCUUCUAUUGGUAAUGUGAUUGUUAUGUCUUUAAAUUCCAAUGACUUGGGAUAUUUGUAUCUGGAUGGUACGAAUAGACUAGGUCUAUUUUUUAAGAACAUUUUAACUUACUGGAUCUUGUUUUCCAAUUUGGUACCAAUAUCUUUGUUUGUUACCGUUGAAAUGAUCAAAUAUUACCAAGCUUAUAUGAUUGCUUCUGAUUUAGAUAUGUUUCAUGAAGAAACUAACACCCCCACUGUUGCACGUACAUCAUCCCUAGUUGAAGAAUUGGGACAGAUAGAAUAUAUCUUUAGUGAUAAAACUGGUACUUUGACUAGGAAUGUGAUGGAGUUUAAGUCUUGUUCCAUUGCUGGCCGCUGUUAUAUUGAAACAAUACCUGAAGACAAAGCCGCUGCUGUUAACGAUGGAGUUUCUGUCGGCUACCAUACUUAUGAGGAAAUGUUCAAGGCGUUAAAAGAUCCCUCAAAUCCAGAGGCAGAAAUAAUUAACUUGUUCCUUGUAUUAUUAUCCACAUGCCAUACUGUUAUUCCGGAAUUUCAAGAUGAUGGCUCGAUCAAGUAUCAGGCGGCUUCACCGGAUGAAGGUGCAUUAGUUCAAGGAGCUGCAGAUCUAGGAUUUAAAUUCAUAAUCCGUCGGCCGAAUUCUGUUACAAUUUUGAAUGAAGAUUCCAAUACAGAGCAUGUUUAUGAGUUACUGAAUAUAUGUGAAUUUAAUUCCACAAGGAAGAGAAUGAGCGCUAUUUUUAGAUUUCCUGAUAAUUCUAUUAAGUUGUUUUGCAAAGGUGCAGAUACUGUUAUUGUAGAAAGGUUAGAUGAAGCAUAUAACCCAUACGUUGAAGCAACUUUAAGAAACUUAGAGGAUUACGCUGCGGAAGGUUUGAGGACGCUAUGUAUUGCUACGAGAAAUAUUACUGAACAAGAAUAUAAAGAAUGGAGUGAAGCAUAUAAAUCGGCAGCAACUACCUUGGAUAAUAGAGCAGAGGCUUUAGAUCAAGCGGCAGAGCUAAUUGAGAAAAAACUGUUACUAAUAGGUGCCACGGCUAUAGAAGACAAAUUACAGGAUGGGGUACCAGAAGCAAUCCAAACAUUACAAGAAGCGGGAAUAAAAAUAUGGGUUUUAACCGGUGACCGACAGGAAACUGCAGUCAAUAUUGGUAUGAGUUGCCGCUUGUUGAGUGAAGAUAUGAAUCUUUUAAUUGUUAAUGAGCAGACAAAAGAGUCUACAAAGAAGAACCUAAUAGAUAAGUUAAGGGCUAUUAACGAUCACCACAUUUCACAAGAAGAUAUUAAUACACUGGCAUUAGUGAUCGAUGGUAAGUCACUUGGGUUUGCUCUAGAACCAGAUAUGGAAGAUAUCUUACUCGCCAUAGGAAGGAAAUGUAAAGCGGUGAUUUGUUGUCGUGUAUCUCCAUUACAAAAGGCGUUAGUUAUCAAAAUGAUCAAAAGGAAAACCAACUCAUUACUACUUGCAAUUGGGGAUGGUGCAAAUGAUGUUAGUAUGAUUCAGGCAGCUCAUGUGGGUGUUGGCAUUAGUGGUAUGGAAGGCAUGCAGGCUGCCCGCUCUGCUGAUUUUGCAAUUGGUCAAUUUAAAUAUUUGAAGAAGUUAUUACUUGUUCAUGGGUCAUGGUCAUAUCAAAGGAUUUCUCAAGCUAUUUUGUACUCCUUUUACAAAAAUGUUGCCCUAUAUAUGACGCAGUUUUGGUAUGUUUUUUCAAAUGCAUUCUCAGGGCAAUCAAUUAUGGAGUCCUGGACAUUAACGUUUUAUAAUGUUUUUUUCACAGUAACACCUCCUUUCGUGCUUGGAGUUUUUGAUCAAUUUGUUAGUAGCAGACUUCUUGAUCGAUACCCACAGUUGUACAGGUUGGGACAGAAAGGCCAAUUUUUCUCAGUGACAAUCUUUUGGGGAUGGGUUGUGAAUGGUUUUUACCACUCUGCAAUAACUUUUGUCGGUUCUAUUCUGUUUUACAGAUAUGCGGUUCUCAAUAUGCAUGGUGAAGUGGCUGAUCAGUGGUCAUGGGGUGUUGCAAUUUAUACCACGAGUAUAAUAAUUGUUCUAGGUAAAGCAGCCCUAAUCACUAAUCAAUGGACUAAAUUCACUUUGCUUGCAAUUCCUGGAUCUUUAUUGUUCUGGUUGUUGUUCUUCCCUAUCUAUGCAUUCUUUUUCCCUAAGAUCAAUGUUUCUAAGGAAUAUUAUGGUAUUAUAUCGCAUGUUUAUGGCUCAGCAACUUUUUGGUUGAUGUGUCUUGUAUUACCUGUUUUGGCACUCCUCAGGGACUUGCUAUGGAAAUAUUAUAAAAGAACAUAUACUCCAGAAAGUUAUCAUGUUGUCCAAGAAAUGCAAAAGUACAAUAUCAGUGAUAAUAGACCAAGAAUUGAGCAAUUCCAAAAAGCGAUUAGAAAGGUAAGACAAGUACAGAGAAUGAGAAAACAGAGAGGCUUUGCUUUUUCACAAAGUGAAGAAGGAGGCCAGGAGAGAAUUAUUCGAAUGUAUGAUACGACUCAAAAGAGAGGAAUCCACGGGGAACUCCUUGAUGCAUCAAUUAAUCCAUUUAGAGAUGCAUAA